AUGGGUAAAUCAUUUUAUAAUCGAAGCACAAGACUAUGGUGGGGGCACUAUCAUUUAAGGAUAGGUAGUAGAUUACAAGUAAGAUUAAAUAAGGGAAUUAAAUUUUCUAAUUUUCAACAUAUAGGUAGAUUUAUUGAAUUUGCAAGAAAUUCAAGAUCGUUACGGGCUGCAACACUAAGUAAAUGUCUACGACGAAAUUUUUGGGGAACAAAUUUUUACUACACAGGAAAACCCAAAACCGAUCAAAAUACUCAACAGGUUUCAAAUAAUUCACAAGAUGAAGGGGGAUACAUAUAUGCUGUUGAGAAGGGGAAAAUAACACCAUCGGAUAUUGAAUUAAAAAAAUUGGAGAAAGUUUUAGGGGUCCCUUUAAAAAGAGAAAAGCAGAAAAGUCUGCUUAGAAGGCUAUAG